AUGUCCAGCUCCAAGCUGUCGUGUCUUAUCAAUCUUGCGAUCAACGCAACAUCCGCAGCUACGGCUACAGCACCCUCCCCUCCUCACGCAAUCCUCGACCAAAACUCGGAAGCCAAUAAGGGAAAAUCUUGGAAAUGGUGCGAGGUUCGACCGGGUCAAAUCGUCGGUCAUGUUCCCAUUCCCACAAGCAUGACAUACGUCGAGCCUCUCGCGCUCUACUUGAUGCUAUACCGUUAUUUGAAUGGUCCCGGUGCCACCGUCGUAUUUCCAGGACCAUACAAAAACUACAUCCACACGUAUACGUCAUCUUCGCAGGAUAUCAUCGCCCGUUCGGAGCUCUACCUGUCUGUCGAGAGACCCAACCAGACGCACAGAGAGGCAUUUAACACGGCUGGCAACGCCAUCCCCGAGUAUUGGGUGGUCGUAUGGCGCAAGAUGUGCGAAUACUUUGGUCUGAAUGUCGAAGGCGCAAGUCCCGAGGACAAGGGAUGGAAGGACAUCGACAAGUGGUGGUUCGCACACCAGGACGAUUACAAGAGGAUGUGCGAAGACUAUGGCCUGCACCCUCGCGAGAUUUCCGAGGCGACUUGGAUUUUCCUUUCAGCAGGCUUCAGCUUUCUGGAUCGCAAUCGCGAGCUGAGCUUGGAUAAGAUCCGGAGUGUUGGUUUUACGGAGUACCCGAUUGCGUAUGGGUAUUUCCAGGUGUUUGAUCACCUGGCUCAGGAGAACAUUAUUCCCAAGGAGGCUUGA